CCCUCCGCCGCCGCGCCGCGGGGACGUGCACUCGCUCGGCGGGCCAUGGAGGCGACGCGGCGGCGGGCGGGCGGCGGGGCGCGGGCCCGGCGCUCCGCGUUGCUGCUGCUGCUGCUGGCGGCGGCGCUGGGAGGCGAGGCGGCGGAGGCGGAGGAGCAGCGCUCGGCGCGGCAUCGGGGGGACGAGCAGUGCCAUUACUACGCGGGGGGGCAGGUCUACCCCGGGGAGGCGGCUCGUUUGCCCGUGUCCGACCACUCGCUGCACCUCAGCCAGGCCAAGAUCUCCAAGCCAGCACCUUACUGGGAAGGAACAGCAGUCAUUAAUGGAGAGUUUAAAGAGUUGAAAUUAACAGAUUAUGAAGGAAAAUACCUUGUCUUCUUCUUCUAUCCUCUUGACUUUACAUUUGUAUGUCCAACUGAGAUAAUCGCCUUCAGUGACAGAAUUGAAGAAUUCAGAGCAAUAAAUACCGAAGUAGUAGCAUGUUCUGUGGACUCAAAGUUCACUCAUUUAGCAUGGAUUAAUACUCCUCGAAAACAAGGGGGACUUGGACCUAUGAAGAUUCCGCUUCUUUCAGAUUUGACACACCAAAUUUCAAAGGAUUAUGGCGUAUAUCUGGAAGAUCAAGGGCAUACACUUAGAGGCCUUUUCAUUAUUGAUGAUAAGAGAAUCCUUCGACAGAUCACGAUGAAUGACCUUCCUGUUGGGAGAUCAGUGGAUGAAACGCUUCGUUUAGUACAAGCAUUCCAGUACACAGACAAACAUGGAGAAGUUUGCCCUGCUGGUUGGAAGCCUGGCAGUGAAACAAUCAAACCAGAGGAAGCCAUGAGAGUGUGGUGGCCAAGGGAAGAACUAUAAUUCCAGAUCCAGCUGGAAAACUGAAGUAUUUUGAUAAACUAAACUGAGGUUUGCUUCUGUGGAAUUACAUAGGUCACAUUCAACUGGAUUUUUGCCAAUAAAAUUUCAUUAAUUUUGUUA